CCUGCUCUACUUCCUCAAUUCAGUUUAAACGUCAAGAAAAAGUGAUUAAGAGAAUAUUUUUCUUUUCAGUUUCCUAUAGCUAGUAAAGGAGAUUAAAUGGCAGAGAAAGACCAGCAAGUGCAUCCCCUAGCACCAGCUAACGGGCACCCGAGAAGCGAUGAAGAAUCAGUCAGUUUGCAAUCGGAAGAGCUGAAAAGAAAGAAGAGGAUCAAAUACGCUGUGUAUAUUGCCGCCUUUGCAGUGUUCCAAACUGUUGUCAUCCUCAUUUUUGCCCUGACUGUCAUGCGCGUUAAGAACCCAAAGGUGAGAAUCGGGAAAGUCACCGUUGAAACAAUGGAUACUAGUAACACAGAAGCUGCUGCUUCAUUUAACCUCAGGUUCAUCGCCCAAGUAACGGUAAAAAAUACCAAUUUCGGUCAUUUCAAAUUUGAUAAUGCUACUAUGAGCUUUCUGUAUGAUGGUGUGAUGGUAGGGGAGGCAAUUAUACCUAAGGCCAGGGCCAGGGCUCGUUCGACUAAAAAAUUGGAUGUUACUGUGGAAGUGAACUCCAGCGCACUUACAAGCACUACCACGGGACUCGGCUCUGAACUGAGUUCCGGCGUGCUGACAUUGAACAGCAAGGCCAAGUUGAAAGGAAAAGUGGAGCUGAUGAAAGUGAUGAAGAAGAAGAAAUCCCCCGAGAUGAACUGCACCCUCAUAUUGAAUUUGUCAACAAGGAGUCUCCAAGAUCUAAAGUGCAAAUGACAACAAUAAUUAAAGCUGGUUUUGGUUUCAAAGGAGUUUUGGGGUUUUUUUAUAUAUAACAUAUAUACCUAUUUUACUAUGUCAGAAAGCAUACACUGAUCUUCGUACCAUUAUAUAUGCUCGACGAUCUCCUUUGUGUGCAUACAUACAUAUUCUUACACAGGGAUCUCAUAUUUAUUUAUUACUAUUUUUUAAUUUUGUUCCAUUUUUAUAUUUUAAGUUUACUGUUUCGAUUCUUGCUUCCUUGAGUGUUAAUAAGAUUGUUUUUUAUUUUCUUUUAUUA